AUGCCUCAUACGCCGGAGCUUCCCCAAGGUGUGCAACCUGGAGAUUUCCUGGUAGUCGUCCACGACUUUCAAGCUCGUGGAGCCGACGAACUCACCCUUCGCCGAGGAGACAAGGUUGAGUUACUGGAGCUCGAUGAAGGCUUUGGGGAUGGAUGGUAUUUAGGCAAACAUGUGGCUGAAAAUAGAACUGGUCUUUUCCCCGGGGUUUAUACGACAACUAUACCCAAAUUAGGAGUUCGUCAACAACCAUCUAACACAGCUUCAAACUCAACUACUCCAUCAGGAUCACAGAGAAAUAGUGAGCCGCUGGGCUCACCUAAAGUAACGGAAAUUUCUUCAACUCCUGUCUCGCCAUCAUUCAAUGACGACAUAACCCCACAAGCGUCACGUCAAGUGAGUGGGGUCGAUUUCAAACCUUCUCUUACUGAGACAUCUGUAAGUGAUACGUUAGUACUACCUGCCCAACAACCGCAGCAAGGAUCUACCACAUCACCACCACUGUCUUCCUCAUUUCCCAUGCAGCCGACCAUGCAAAGAUCUAUGAGCGAAGUCAUGUCGGCUCGUCGGAAUGGUGAUGAUAGUCCAGUUAUGAACGAAACCCUGAGUGUUAUCGAUGAGCAUAUCACCAAUUUCAACACUCCUCGCCAUAGCUUUGUUGCUCAUGACCAGAAAAAUCACAACGAUUCCGGCAGUGAGUACAGCAACCAUCUGGAUCACAGAAUCUCAUACAUACCCGGUGCAGAAACCGACGAGGAGGAGGUAGCUACACUCACAGAAGCUGCAGUAAGGAGUUGGGAUCACCACCAGACAGCCCAUCAUCUUCAUGAACUUGGUGUUGAUCCGAAACACUGCGAGAUCUUUGAGGAGCAGGAAAUUACCGGAGAUGUUUUGUUGGAGAUGGACCAGGAAUUCAUUUACAUGAAAGAGUUCAAUUUUGGGGUUAUGGGGAGACGAUUGAAGACGUGGCAUAUAAUCAAGACCUUCCAGGAAGAGAUUAAAGGCACUAAGUGGGCACGGAAGUCCACAUCUCCCUUCUCCAACAAAGACCGCUCUUUUGAAGACUUUGAUCGAUCUCAGAGUCGAGCAGGAGGGUCAUUUCUUCCAAGGAUUCCCAGCCUCACUGAAAGUCAUACCCACAGCGCACACCAAUCGAGAAGUGCCUCUGCGAGACGUUCUCCAGGAAUAGCGUCCUCUAUAUCUUCAACUCUCAGUAGUAAUAUUUCAUAUAUUUCUCAUCUAAACCAAUCAGCCGGUUUAGAUGGUGCUUUGAGACCUUCAGCUGCGUCCGUUCGCCAAUACAACUAUCCUCGCCCGCAUUCAUCAAUGGAUGGCUCGCCAGCAUCGUUAAACCAGAAUAAGAAGAUAGUUGGAAAGCCAACACAGACUCCUCGAGACGCGAAAUCUUCCUUUGACAGGGGAUGGACUAUGCCCUCGGGUUCGCAGCCAGGACGUGGUCGGCCUGAUACGUGUAUCGGAUCCCGGGGAGGAUCUAUUCGCCAGCAAGCACUUGGCGGUCCUGAACCUGGUGACUCCGAUUCCUCUUUUGCGGUGGACUCUGCUGAUUUGGAUCGUGGAUAUUUCUCUGGUGGUGAACUAGAUAUGCGGAAGAUUCGCAAAGUGCUCACAAAGCGCGAUUCAACAGGUCGAAGUUACAGCCAUUCGAGGCAGUCCAGUGCUACUGCAGAGGAUUUGAAACAAAUUCGUGUUAAACGGCACUCGCGUUUUGGUAGUGUAGAUUCGAUCCGGGAUUUUGUACCCAAUUUUUCUUCGCCCAAGCUUCUCCAGGGAGGAUCAUCCAAAGGUCAGUUUGAUGACUCUAGCCUUACUUGCAAGGAUUCACUUGCGGACCAGUCUCAAACUCCCACAGUGACGAACUUGGAAAAAACCACGAGCCCGAGCCAUGGUAUAUUCUCUGCACUCUCCCCUCUUUCCUCGAAGACAGAUGGAGAAAGCUCAGGUCGGUCGUCUCCCCUGCCGUCCUCCAAUCUCAAAAAUGUUGCACCCAAAGUACGUCGUGCCAUAGGCUUACGCGCUAUAUCGGACGCAGUCACUGGACAAGAGAAAGCAUUGGUCUCGUCUCCUAUAUCAUAUCUGCCGAAAGAUCCUCUGAAGUCCUCGAGUACGACAAAUUCCAGUACCACAUCUGGUGCGUCCAAGAGCUUCGACAUAGAAAGCACAGAUAGCUCUGCGAAAAACGUCGAGGGGGCGUUUGCCUUAGUAACGAUGACAAAGGCUUCCAAUUCCCGCUCUAAAUCGAAGAAAGAUACAAGUGCAUACAUGCGAGGGCUAGAGAAAAAGACACCCCAAGAACAAAUGGUCGGAUGUGAUUACUCAGGCUGGAUGAAGAAAAAAUCUUCUAACCUGAUGACCACAUGGAAACCGCGCCUUUUCGUUCUCCGUGGCCGCAGAUUGUCAUAUUAUUACUCGGAAGAUGACACGGAGGAGCGAGGACUGAUCGAUAUCUCCUCACACCGCGUAUUCCGCGCCGACCAGGAGACAAUCACUUCUCUCCACGCUACACUCACCGGAGCAACCGCUUCUCCAACCUCGCCAAAUAACAAGGGUGGUGGGAAGACCUCAGAUACUGCCUCGGAUACCACCAAGACUUCUGCAAUCGAUACUCCAUUCAUCUUCAAACUCGUCCCCCCUAAAGCCGGAUUAUCGCGAGCGGUCCAAUUUACCAAGCCCUCCAUCCAUUUUUUCCAAGUCGACAACAUCCAACAGGGUCGUCUGUGGAUGGCGGCGCUGAUGAAAGCGACCAUCGAGCGGGAUCUGAAUCUACCCAUCAAAACCACAAACAAGCAGAAGACUAUUAGUUUGAAGCAGGCUCGCGCUAUGAACCAGCGCCCUCCUGCGCUCAUGGGUUCAGAACGCAAGGACAAGGAUGUCAAUAAUAGUAAUAACAAUAAUAAUGCCAACAGCGGCAACAGCGCUGCUUCGGAGAAAGAUAUCGAUUCAGCAAACGGGCAAGCUGGCGGAGGUCUGAAUAUUGAGACUCAGAAGGAUGGAGAAGGAAAUGAUAAACAGCGUGCUAGCUUGGAACUGAAGAGGCUUGAAGCUGGUGAUACUGGGACAUCUGAGUUGAUGCCAAGGGCGCAGACUAUUUCUCAGUGA